AGUUCAAAUUUGACCAGCAAAGUUGACACUACGAUUUUGCUCUCAGCUCCUCAACCGGUGCAAUCGACCAUUAGUUCUCUUUUAUUUGUGCUUACGAAGGUUUUUGUUCAAAUUUUCAAAAAGAAAAGAAAAAUUCAACGAUUUUCUUCUUCAAGUUUUUUUUUAAUUUUACAACUCGAUUUUUGUUUCCAAUCAAUUCAUUUGAUUCGUUUGAAUUGCAAUUGUCAGUUGUGCAAAUGUGAUUUUCAUAUAUCGACUGCUAAGUUUAUUAUGUAAUUCGCGAUCAUUAUUCACCAUACACAAACAACCCGGAAACCAGACAAUCCUCGUCACAACAGAAAAUCACCAAACGAGCUUUAAUCGUCAGAUAACGGCCAACAUACCGAAACGAUAGAGAAAAACCAAUCCAAGUGCAUAGAUCGCGAUCGAGAGCAUUUUCAAGAACGAGACGAAUAUUUCAGUUGGCAAAGUGAAUUGUACAUUCCAUCGCCGAACAACAGUGUGUUUGUGUCUGUAUUUGAACUUAUUGAAUUUUGUGCUACGUUUUGUGCGCGCACCGUUGACCGUUUCGUUUCUUCAUCUCUCUAUUUAAUUCGUUCUAUUCUUGCGAAUUGUCGUGUGCGAUAUCGAGAGACAGAGAGAUACAUGUAAACAGUCUAAUUCGAUCUUACAUAAUAAUAAGAUAAUUUAAAAUUAUAUUAGAAUUGCAUUUUAAACGAGCGAACGACAAAAGAACCAACGCAGAACCAACUGACAACGAAUCGACGAACGAACGAACGAAUCUAACGCAAGUCUUUCUAAUGCAGUCAAAUCAAAACUGAUGAUACUAAAGAAAAGAAAAAUCAACUAAUUUAACGAAAAUAACGAAGAGAGAAAGAAGCAAAACAAAAACAAAAGAAUAAAACAAAAAACACACAAACAAAAUACCAUAAUCGGUGGUAAAAUAUAAAACGCAAUUGGACGCAACAGUAACAAACGAAAAAGAAACACAACGACCGAGACAAAAUCGCAGGCAAAACUAAAACAAAUAACCACAACAAAGUAACGACAAGAAAAGAAGAGAGAGAGAGAGAGAGAGAGAGAGAAAGAGAGAGGGCAACAAAUAUAAUACCAAUCUCGUGUGAACAACAUCCAUCUAACUGUGAGAGAGUGAUCUCUGGGCGAUUGAUGAGGCGGUCGGUAAUCGUGAAAGCGAAAAUGGAAUUUCAGUGGAAGUAUUUACUGAUAAUGGCAUCACUGACGUCACUGUCAAUGUGUCAAACGGCGCUUGAGCUGGGUGAACGAUGUGGCCACGAUAUGGACUGUACCGAUACAAUCAAAAGCAGCCAAUGUUCGAUGGCUGGCUUCUGUGAAUGCAAACCGUUUUAUGCUCAAUUCAACGAGACUAGCUGCGUUCAAGCUCAACUUCUUGGUAACGAAUGUGUAUUGAAUGAUCAGUGUUCCAUGAAAGUGGCCAAUAGUGCUUGUAUCGAAGGCAUUUGUCACUGCGAGGAUGGCUUCCUACCGUUUCGAAAACACACUUGUUUGUCACCCACUCGACCUGGAACCGUGUGCUACAGCAACAAACAGUGCGAAAUGUUCAAUUCACUCAGUCAUUGUGACUUUCUAAUUCCGAAUUUGUUUGGACGAUGUCAAUGUACGCCCCCAAGUCAACAAUAUGGUUCGACAUGUGUCAGCGAACUGGACACAACCACUGAUGCUGCUGCUGAGGCGGCAUCGAACGAUUCCGAUGAAAUCGUAUUGGCCGAAACGGUGAACAGCGAUGAAACCAGCGGACCAGAAUCUGACAAUGAAAUUGGCGAUAAUGAUGACGCCGAUGAUCAUGACAAUCAUCAAGAUUCAAUUGUGUCGAGUACAUCGACGUCAUCAUCGGUGGUACAAAGUGAAAGUGUUGCCGAAAUUGGUAGUACAACCGUGAAACAACCUGAAUUGGCACCACCUGACGUUGCAUCAAUGACACUUGGCUCAACGAACGAUGAAAGUGUUUCAGAUGAAACGCAAUCCAAUGAAUCACAACCAAACGAAUCACAAUCAAACAAUGAACAGCAGCCAAAUGAAGACGAAAUGACUCAUGAUCAAAUAGAAACAGCAACUGAACAGGUGCAACAAGAGCCAGUGACAAUGUUCGAAGUGGGCACAUUGUUGCCGGAAAAGCAAUCCGAAUCAAUAAGUGAAUCCGUUGCGACGACCAGCUCAUCGAUCUUCUAUGAUGAGGUGUAUGAAGAUAGUGAAACUGAAACCGUGCCCGAUUCCACCGAUAAACAUUUUAUACUGUUAAGUUCAUCCGGUGCCACCGCUAUUCCGUCGGAUUUAUUGUCGGUCAAUGAGGAGAGUGAAUCGCAUGGCAGUGAAUUUGUACAAACUUUGAUGCCACCUCAUUCGAAUAUGGCACCCAAUAAACACAAACCAAGCAACUUAUUCCCGUUGAAUGCUGCUGCCAUGGAUAUGAAUGCCCAAGCAGCAAUUGCACCGCAGCCACAAGACGCAAUGAAAAUGGAUACCGAAGCACCGAUUGUAGCCGAAACGACAGCAAAUCCGCUGCUUCAAAUGUUUGACAUUGAUAUUAGUAAAACAACGGUGAAGCCAAACACUCAGCUCACAAAUGCCGAUGCAAUUGCCGCUUUAGUCUAUGAAAUUGUCGAAAAUGUUGCAUCGAACAUGAAUUCAAAUCAGAAACCAAAUGCCACACCAGUUGCUAAUGAGUCACAAGUCAGUGCAUUCCAACAGAAUAAUGAAAAUGCCGAAAUUUUGGAUGCAAUUUUAUCCAGUCAUCCUGUGUAUCAUACAACCGAAACGACUGUGGUAAAGGACGAAUCACAGCCCAGUGCUGUAAAUGUGGUAAAUGAAAUGGCCGAAACGGAGCCAGUCCCAAUUGAUGAAGUGCAGUCGACAACCAGCAAUCAAGAAUUGGAUUCAGCGCCAGCAUUCAAUGACAAGAAUGAAAAUGUUGAAGAAAACUUCCAAACGGAUGAAAGUCAAAACAUCGCACAAACAACAACCGAAGUCAAAAUCGAAAGCGCCACCGAAGCAACGGUGUAUGAAGACCAAACGCAAGUAUCACAAGUGACAGUCAUUCGAACCGAAGAAGAAACGACAUUGAUUGAUGACAUGAAAAUCCAUCAUUUCGAAGAGCAAACGACAGCCUUGAAUGAACCAUUGGGAAAUGAGCAAGAGGCCACCACUCAAAGUUUUACUCAAAUGCAAGAAACGACUCUGUACGAAAAUGGAUUGACGACCGAAAAACCGACCAAAAACUAUAUUCAGAGUGACACAAAGGAAGAUGCUGUGCAUGAGGAAGCACCCGAAAUUGUAACCGAAAGUGAAACAGUUUACAGCACACUGGCGCCAACGACAAGCGCACCAGACGAGCAAAGUACACAAUUGGCCGAUUUUCGAACGGAAGCCGUCAGUCAAACCACAGAAGUGCAAGAGAGAGAAACAACAACAAAGUCCGCAGAAUCAAUGAAAUCGGAAGAACCGGUGAAAGAGUCAAUUGUAGCACAAAUGAUGCCAAUCCCAUUGGCUUUGACUCACAUCGCACCAGCUUUGACAUCAAACACUGAAAGACGUACCGUGUCAGUGUCGCCCAGCGCAUAUAAUAACAAGUCGGCUAGUUUGAAACAUCAAGAAAUCCGUACUCGAGUCGAUUUAGGCGGUGGAGCGAUUUCGUUGGGUUUGAGCUGUGAAAUUGAUCGACAAUGCCAGUUAGCCGAUCCAAAUACGUACUGUAACGAGGCAAAACGAUGUGAUUGUGCCCAUCAAAAUGAAAUCAUUAAUGCAUGCCGAGCAGAAAACUCCGGAUGUCCACAAAACACUUUCCAAUGUCGAUCAACUGGUCACUGCAUCAGCUGGUAUUUCGUUUGCGAUCGUAAAAUGGACUGCGAUGAUGGAUCCGAUGAAGAGUGCAUGGAUAGUUCCAAGUGUCCGGCCGAAGCAUUUGAGUGCAAACAAAGCGGAAUUUGCGUAUCGAGAGCAGCCGUCUGUGAUGGCAAAAAGCAAUGUCCCCAUGGGGAAGAUGAAGCCGGCUGUAGUUUGGCUAAAGCUGGAAGCUGCCCUUCUGGUAGUUUCCAAUGCAAAAGUGGCGAAUGUCUACCGGAAUAUGAAUUCUGUAAUUCUCGCAUACGUUGUGCGGAUGGAUCUGAUGAACUGUCACACUUAUGCAACUCCGAACGAGUACCAAGCCUUUUCCAGCGGCUGUACACACAGGCACGGUCGAGAAGUAGUUUCUACUGUCCAUUCCAGUGCGGCAAUGGCCGAUGUCGUUCAACUGCCAUCGUAUGUUCUGGUCGAGAUGGAUGCGGUGACAACAGUGACGAAAAUAAAUGUAGCGUAUGCCGUUGUCCAGCUCCAGUCAUAUGAACAUAGCAAUGGAGAUGGAAUGGAGAAAGACACACAUCACUAUUAUCAUUUACAAAAUGAAUCCAUUUUUCAAGCAAAAUAUUCAGUAUUCCUUUUGUUUUGUUUUUUUUUUUUAAUUUCUUCUCUGCUUUCCAAACACAUUUUUACAAAACUAUUCUAAUGAUGAUAAACAAAGAACGACAAAAAAAAUGGUUAACCAAAACAUACAAGCACAUAAAAAACAACAACCAUGAUUUUAUAUGCAGAUCAAUUUCAAGUCAAGAGACUAGCAAAAUUAAAAUCAAUUGUCAACGAGUUUUAUUUUUUAUUAUAGUAUUUCGGAAUCAUGUGAAUAGAAAAUGCAUAAAAAAUCAUCAUCCGAAUCAAAAUGUUGCAUUCUACAGAAGAAGAAGAAGAAAAGAGUAGCAAAUGGAACAAAUGUAAGACAAUGUCUAAAUAUUAAACAAAAACACGAUAAUGUGUCUUUAAACAACAUCAACAGAAAAACAACACACAAUACCCGUAUUGCUUAGCAUUUAAGGCAAAUUAGUUUAAUAUUUGAUAUGCAUUCUUAAGAUCGUGAUACCUUCUUAGGAAUGCGGCCAUCAUUUUUUUUUAUAGAGAAAAUAUUUUUUCUAUUUGUUUGCUCUUUUUUACUACAGAAUAUUGUAAAUAUUGUUUAUAUUAUUAGUUAAUUUAUGUCGUAAAAAAAUCAAAAUAAUUCGCAAAUUGAAAUGAUAAAAAAAUAAAGAAUUAGUGAUUUAAGUUUUACAUAAACAAAA